CAGCGGUUCUGAAAAUGUCAAGAUGGCUGCAAGUAAUUAUUAUGGGUUCACACAUGGUGCCGGUCCUCAGUACAGCACGCAGCCUCCCAAUGCAUACUCGCACCCGACCUCAGCCAGUUACAGUGUGCAGCCGGCAGCUGGGGUGGCCCAUGCUGUGACAGCAUCGUACGCCCCAGCCCCAAGCCCUCAGGCAGGCCGGCCUGUGGCGUCUGCCCCCUACCCUGGGUAUCAGACCCAGCCAGCUCCAGAGUACAACUACCGCCAGCCGGAAACCACACCGCAGCCUACAACUGUACCACAGACCUACCAAGUCUUCACAGAGGCGGAUAACUACGCCUAUGGCCGUGCUGCGUCUGUGGGCGCGUAUGAGAAUAAGCAGUACUAUCAGACCACUGCAGCCCCUGCCCAGCACACCGCUACUGAAACCUACUUUCAGCAAGGGUUGAAAAGUGGCUACAGCGCGGUCAGCACAAGCUACAGCCAGCCGCCGCCCCCUCAGCGUCAGGUGACCGCCUUAAAGCCCAUCGCCCCGGCCAGCUCCGUGGCAUCCAGCUACAGCAUCUACCCACCGCCAGCCUCCACCAGCGUCCAGCUGCCCCCCACCCCCACCCCCACCCCAACCCCCGUGUCCACCUACACCCACACCCCCAGCUCCUCCUACAGCGUCAACUCCACGCCUGCGGCCACCUCUUACUCCGGCAUCAGCUACUCCAGUUAUGAUUCGACUGGAGGUUACACCUCCACCGCGUCUUACUACCAGGCAGCCCAGGCCCAACCACAGCCUCCCCCACAGUCCCAGCCCCAGCCCCAGCCUCAGGCCCACCCUCAGCCCCAUCCCCAGGCCCAGCACCAUCCCCAGCCACCUCCUCCCCAGCAGCCCCCCACCAAGCAGCUGACCAGCUCCUCCUGGAGCACUGUGGGCAGCACCAUGGCCACCUCCUCCCCGGCCCACAACUCCUACAAGAAGCCGGCGUUCCACCAGAGCAAGCUGCAGAAGCCCAAGGGCCCCCCCAAGCAGCCACAGCUGCACUACUGCGACAUCUGCAAGAUCAGCUGUGCAGGACCACAGACGUACCGCGAGCACUUAGAGGGCCAGAAGCACAAGAAGAAGGAGGCCACGCUGAAGACGGGCAGCCAGGCGAGCAGCGGGCCGCGUGGGGCCCAGACCCAGCUGCGCUGCGAGCUGUGCGACGUCUCCUGCACCGGGGCGGACGCCUACGCCGCACACAUACGCGGCGCCAAGCACCAGAAGGUGGUGAAGCUGCACACGAAGCUUGGCAAGCCCAUUCCCUCUACUGAGCCGGUGUUGGUGAACUCUGCGGCAGUGACCACUACAGUGAGCGCUGGAAAGCCCGCCGCUCCCAGCGUCACAUCCUCUGCUGUUACUGCUGUUACUGCCACCUCCGCUACCACCGCCGCUGCUGCUACCACCACACCUGUUGCUACUAAAGCUGCUCUACACACCACCGCAAAGGCCUCAACACCCGCAAAAAAGCCCGUCCCUCCCAAAGCACCAGCCGUCGCUAGCAAACCUGCGAUGCCUGCUGCUGCUGCAGUAGUGAAGAUGGAGGUGUCCAAAGCGGCAUCCGCAGCGAGGGCUGAAGACAUGAGUGAAGAUGAUGACGAGGGGGACAGCGUUAGUGGCCAGGGGGACAUCCAGCCUGUGGGACACGACUACGUGGAGGAGGUUCACAAUGAGGACGGAAAGAUCAUCCGUUUCCACUGCAAGCUGUGCGAGUGCAGCUUCAAUGACCCCAAUGCUAAAGAGAUGCAUCUGAAGGGACGCAGGCACCGGCUGCAGUACAAGAAGAAGGUGAACCCAGAGCUGCCGGUGGAGAUCAAGCCGAGUAACCGUGCCCGUAAGGUGCAGGAGGGGAAGCUGCGGAAGGCCAAGCAGAGGGCCGGCCUGAAGAGACAGCAGGAGGACGAGCAGCGCUGGCACAUGGAGAUGAGUCGGCGCUAUGAGGAGGACCUGUACUGGAGGAGGAUGGAGGAGGAGCAGCUGUACUGGGGGGAGCAGCAGAGGCACAGGAUGGCGCCUCCUCCGCUCAUGAGCCGCCCCGGCAUGCCCGUCCCUCCACUCCUGCAGCCUGUGCGGCGGCCCGUGUCCCCCGAUGACCGCCACAUCAUGGCCAAGCACGCAGCCAUCUACCCGGUGGAGGAGGAACUGCAGGCCGUCCAGAGGAUCGUCUCGCACGCCGAGAGGGCCCUCAAGCUGGUCUCCGACUCCCUGCUGGAGAAGGAGACCAGCACCGAGGACGCCAAAGACGACGCAGAGCCAGCCAAAGCCAGCGCUGACCCCCAGGCGAGGAUGUUGAAGGGGGUGAUGCGCGUGGGGAUCCUGGCCAAGGGCCUGCUGCUCCACGGCGACCGAGACGUCCAGCUCAUCCUGCUGGCCUCCAAGAAGCCCACCCUCUCGCUCCUCAUGACGGUUGCCGAGCAACUGCCCAUCCAGUUAGCGACAUUUUCUGAGGAUCAGUAUGAGGUGCAGGCUCACCCAGACGAAGCCAACAUCGUGAUUUUUUCGAGCAAGGAACCAAAAAUGCAGGUCACCAUCUCUCUUACGUCGCCCGUGAUGAGGGAAGACCCUGCCCCUGGCCUCAGCUCGGAGGAAGAGGCAGGAGCCAGAGAGGCGGCCCAGAAAGUAGAGACAGAAACAGAAACAGACCCACCAGACGUUCUUGGCAAGAAGAAAUGUUUAGAGUACCUUGCAUCUCUGCGUCAUGCCAAAUGGUUUCAGGCUCGUGCCAACGGCCUCCAGUCCUGUGUGAUCAUCAUCAGGGUGCUGCGGGACUUCUGCCAGCGAGUGCCAACCUGGGCCAAGAUGCCAAGCUGGGCCAUGGAGCUGCUUGUGGAGAAGGCCAUUAGAAGUGCCUCAGGCCCUCUGAGUCCAGGAGAGGCCAUGCGCAGGGUUCUAGAAUGCAUCUCCACCGGAAUCCUUUUGUCAGAUGGUCCUGGUCUCAUGGACCCCUGUGAGAAAGACCAGACUGACGCCCUGGAGGGGAUGAGCAGACAAGCCAGAGAGGAGAUCACUGCAAGUGCACAGCAUGCCCUGCGACUCCUGGCCUUUCGGCAGAUCUACAAGGUGCUGGGCAUGGACUCCCUGCCCUCGUCGAAGGCCGGCAUCCGGAACCGCAAGAGGAGGAGGGACGGUAGCGAAGCAGGGGAGGGCGAGGGGGAGGGCAAGAAAGACAAAAAGGAGGAGUUAUAAAAAAAACAAAAACACGCUUUUCAACCUCGCCAGCGUUAAAGUGCAAUUCAUCGGCCGGCAUUAGCAUGGUGUAUGCCCUCUCUCUCUUCUGAUCUAUACUAUAUUCUAUCUACACAGACACCUUAAAACACUGCUACUAUUGUUUUCCACAAGGUACUGUACUGUAAGGUUGACUUUGAUUGUAGUCACCUCUGAUUUUUGCUGUCACUGAAGCUAGACGAAUAACAUAGCAUCAUUCCACGAUUAUAAAGCAGGUGACAGAGUAGCUGCUGAAGAUCCCAAAUGAGUAAUCCGAUAAUAUAUAUUUUUUGUAUUAUUACUGACUUUACAUGUAGAUUUUAGACAUUUCCAGACAUCUCGUCACGUAUAUAAUCCCACCACAACUGGUCAGUUCUAGGCUUAUUAACUCACUAAAGCUAUCAAUAAGAUGUGAUCUACAAAGAAAAGAAGCACUAUUUGUUUCAAAGGCAAGAAGCCAAGAAAAGAAUAUAACACAUUCAGAGUCAUUUUAAAAAGUAACAAUUAUUAACGAUUUAACUUGUGAGGGAACUUAUAGGUAACAUAUACCUUAGUGGUAUUUUAAAAAGGACAAAUAUUACUCUCUCUCUCUGAAGCACCUUUCCACAUAGUGGCAAGAUGUUCUUUCCGUGUGGUUGUUUGUAAAACAGACGCACGACUUGUGAGGUUCUACGUUGUGAAAAUAAGAAUGUAUACCAAAAUAAACUCAAUACAUUUUAAGUGAAACCAUAGGAUUAUUAUUAGUGCUGAAGCAGUUACUAUUGUCUCAGUUUUUGGGACUUGAGUAUAUUUAGAUUUUGUUAAGUUGCACAAUUGAGAACCAAGGCAUGCUGCAAAUAUGGCACUUUCAGAGGGACACCAGUGGUGUUGUGUGGAGAGGAAAGGUGGCAUCGGUUAGCUUUUAAAGGUGGAGUAUGUCAUUUUUGAGCAGUUAAUUUCCAGAAUUUAUGUGAUUCAAUCACAUCGUAUUCAUGUAUAUUUACGACCCCCGUCUAUUUCUAAAUAUUCAUUAUGAAUAGUCAUUAUGCCCACCAUUGUGAAUUUACAGUUAUACACAUCAUUGGCUUUAAAACUUGUUGUACUGUACUUGUUUCAGACCAGUAUACAUACACAAUAUAUAUAUAUGUAUUAGUAAAUAUUCAUGAAAAUACACAUUUGUGAAUGAGCAGCAUACAUGUUGAAAACAAGUGACUGAAUUACAUACUCUACCUUUAAACGCCCUGUUGGUGUUGGUGUGGGCCUUAUGAAAGAAACUGGUUCACGUGAACCGCAUAGAGGCGAGAAAAUGUGGGUGGUGUUUCUUCUCUCAGUGGUUUUAAGACUGAUGUUUGAGCGUUUGUUCCUUUUGCCUGAAGUUGUGUGAAGGGAUGUACAUGUGUGUGUGUAGUCGGGGUGAGUUUUCAUGCUUUCUAAGCAUGGAGACUCUGGAAAGCGAAUAUUUUUAUGACUUGACAUGUGCCAUGCAAUAUGCAUAGCUCCAGUCCCUUAAAAAAAAGAGUUGAUGACAAACAUUUAUCCUGUUCUCCUGGGAACAGGAUUCUGACAUGUUAGUGUCUGUUGGGUGUGUUUUCACUGUUUUAAAAAAGACUUAAUCUACUUAAUGUCUGUCAGAUUAUUAUUGUUUGUUGUUUUCACUAAUUUUCCCCUUUUAUAGUACUGGUAUACUGUGUUACAAUCAUCUGUUUUUACAGAUAUUGUUUAAGACUGUGGGCAUAGCCUAUGUAAUUUCAAAGUCUUUGUAGUGUUGCCUAACCAAUACAAUAUUAAACAUAUGUAUGAAAAAGUU